AUCCUAUUCAUGUGCCAACGAUAUGCCGUGUUUUUCAAGAACAGACAAUUGCAGUAUAACUGUUUGAUAUCGACAUUGUGCAUGAGUCUCUCCUGUUUCCUAGGAACCGCUUUGAUGUCCACUAAGAAAUUUGGGAUCCAGUGCAUUUUUAUUCUCCUAUUGAGUUGUGGAUACCUCGGCUCUGCUCUAACAGAUGAUAAGUUGCCCAUUAUAUCUACAUCCACCUAUCCAACAGCUCACAGAGACGAAAGCAUAGUCGAUGACUAUCAUGCCAUCAAGGUUGCUGAUCCCUAUCGAUGGUUGGAAGAACCAGAUUCAAAUGAAACUCAGCAAUUUGUGAAUGAUUUGAACGCUGUCUCGGCACCCUUUCUGGCGGAAGCUCCCAGUCGUGAACAAAUCAAAACAAAGUUGACUGAGUUGUCUAACUAUGAACAAUACAAACCACUGGGUAGAAAAGGUGAUUUUUACUACUACCGAUACAACGAGGGAUUACAAAACCAAGACGUUGUCUAUCAACAAAAAACGCUCGAAGACGAUGGUGAAGUAUUUUUGGAUCCAAAUACUAUGUCUACUGAUGGAACAACAUCAGUCACUGACAUGAAGUGGAGUAUAGACGGUUCUGUCCUUGCAUAUGUUGUCAACGAAAAGGGCAGUGAUCAAUCCAGCAUUAAGUUUCGCGACGUAUACAAGCGAGAUCUUACGGACGUCAUUGAACGUGUCAAAUUUCCAAGUCCCGCAUGGUUGAAAGACAAUUCGGGAAUCUUUUACAGCGCCUAUCCUAAAAGCAAAGAAGUUGCGUCAAAUUCAACACAAAAAGAUGAAAAUCAAGCAAUUUACUUUCAUCGCUUGGGGACUAGCACAGCAAAAGACGUACUUGUUUACAACACCAAUCAUACUAUUGUUCAAGCAUUUGUCACGGAUGAUGGAUUGUAUAUGAUAAUACGCAUCGAUCCCAACUUUACUCAAAAUAAUAUGCUGUACUACUAUAAUCUGACCGGUUUCGAUAGCAGCCGAGGUGCGAUAACGCCUAAACCACUUUUUGAAAAACUGGAUGCAAAAUAUGAUUAUAUCGACCAUGAUGAUGAUUCUAUGUUGAUACUCACAAAUCAUGAAGCACCUAAAUUCAAAUUGCUCCGUGUGUCACUAAAAAAUGGAUCAGUCUGGGAUGUUGUACCCGAACACCAAAAAUUUAUUCUGGAUAGCGCUAAAGUUGCCGCACACAAUCGCCUUGUCUUGUUGUAUCUUGAUGACGUUAAGCACACUCUUCAUGUGCACGAUCUUCAGGAUGGAGCUUAUAUGCACUCGUUGAAUUUAAUAGAAGGCAGCAUUGACUAUGUUGUUGGCAAAAAGAGCCAGGAUGAGAUAUUUUUCGUCCUCGAAACUAUGAUAAUCCCCUCCAUUGUUUAUCGUGUGGAUUUUUCUUCAAACACGUCGUCUCCCAAGUUAGAGGAAUUACGGCGUUCUGUAGUCGAAGGUAUAAAUGAGGAAGAUUUUCUAGUACAGCAAGUGUUCUUCAGUAGCAAAGACGGAACAAAGGUCCCCAUGUAUAUAGUUUCUUCAAAGAAUUCAUCGCAAAGUGGUGACGCACCCGUUCUACUUUAUGGCUAUGGCGGAUUCUCCAUAUCCUUGAUGCCCAGAUUCGAACCAGAUACAAUGCUCUUUGUAAAGCACUUCAACGGCAUAUUUGCAUCGGCAAAUAUCCGCGGUGGAGGGGAGUACGGCGAAAAGUGGCAUGAGGCCGGAAUGCGCGAACACAAGCAAAAUGUAUUUGACGAUUUCAUCUCCGCUGCGGAGUACCUUCUCGAAAACAAUUAUACCACUAACAGAAAACUGGCUAUCAGAGGAGGGUCAAAUGGAGGUUUGUUAGUAGCAGUAUGUGCACAACAACGACCUGAUCUCUAUGGAGCAGUAGUAGGUGAAGUGGGAGUGCUUGAUAUGCUGCGCUUCCAUAAGUUUACUAUCGGAUCUGCGUGGAUAAGCGAAUACGGUAAUCCAGAUGACCCAAAGGAUUUCGACUUUAUAUACAAGUACUCUCCUCUACACAACAUUCGCUAUCCCAAACAUGGUCAAUGGCCUUCUACUCUGAUGAGGACAGGAGAUCAUGAUGAUCGCGUGGUACCUAGUCAUACUCUCAAAUAUGCUGCUACUCUGUAUAAUACUGUAAAAGCUCACCCGGAGCAAACCGAGCCACUUUUAUUUCGCAUUGAACGUGACGUUGGUCAUGGAGCAGGAAAACCUACCGAAAAACGCAUUGCCACUACGGUUGACGUAUUCAGCUUUCUUCAGAGAGUGUUGAAUCUAGAAUGGAAAGAGUGAUCGACCAAGUUUGAUCAUCCAUUACAACGUGACUUUCUGACACGAAUUAUACUGAAUAAAUGUGGAGUGGAGUGUUUAGAAGUACUUUGUCAAGAUAUGCUUAUAU